AUGUCGUGUGACAUCACGAAGGUCUUCACGAGCAUCGUGCGCGCCCUCACUGCAACGGAGACCUCGUUGUCCCGCAAGACCUCCACGGCCUCAUCCCUCGACACCAGACCAGGCGUCGCAGACGUGUUCAGCGACCGCGCCAUCAGCCUUCGUGGUGAACUCACCACGGUGCGGAAGCACAUCGCGAACGCCGGCGAGUUGAGUUUGGCUCUGGCAACGAACGACGCCGCCCGCCAACGCAUGUACCACGAACUGGCGAAGCAGAUCAAUCAGGCGCUCGAUCAGUGCUCGAUUCUGUUGGCUCAACUCAAGUGCCUUGUGGUGCCACUCACUAGUGGAACUGCGGAGGCGGGAGACGAGGCAUCGAGUAAAACGCAGCUCCAGUUGCACCGGGAGGCGGUGUGUCGGUCGCUGGAGGACUUUUUGAAGGUGUUAGAGCGUGCACGAGAUGAACAGGUGACCACCUAUUGUCGUCGACUGGAGCUUACAAGCCGUUUGAGUGGAAGUGUGUCCACCGACAGCUACUCCUACGAAUCGUCCUCCUCUCCCACCUCGACCGUCCGAAACAGAAGAGAUCGUGGAAAUGCCUGGCUCUUCGGUGGCUCCAAAGCCGACGCUGAGGCUCUUCCAACUAGUUCUCUGCCUGUUGAGGAAUUGAAACAGCUGGAGAUGGAGAAUGCUGAAGUGUAUCUGCGAUUUCUUUCCGAGAAAAACGAAAUCCAACAGCUGGGGAACCAGAUCGCCGAAAUCGGGAGGCUCCAGGCCAUGGUGACUGAAAGCCUCAUUGAGCAGGCGGAGAUGGCGCAGCACAUUGGCGAAAAAGUCGUGGGUUCAACGGAGUUGGUGCGGGAGGCGAAUGAACACGUUCGACAAUCCAUGGACCGCACGCGGGGUAUCUUGGGCCGUCGAAAUUUUGGAUUACUACAGAAGCCAAUUUUGUCCGCCUCUAAAACGGAUCAUGUUUCGGGUCAAAAUAGUCUAACUGUCGUUACUGGUAUCCAGCCCACAGGAUAUCCCCACCUGGGCAAUUAUUAUGGAAUGAUUAAACCUUGUGUUCGUUUGCAGUAUGACAGCGAUGUCUCUCGUUUGUUCCUGUUACUUGCUGACCUACAUGCCCUAACAAAGGGCUCAGCGGAUAAUUCUUUGUCCACAUCAACCCUUCAGCUGGCGUCAGCUUUGAUCGCCUGUGGCAUUAAUCCUGUCCUCUCUUCAGACGUCCUAUCUUCUAAGGGAAAAUCAAUCAUUUUUCCACAGUCGAGUGUAAUUGGCCAUUGUGAGUUGACUUGGAUCCUAUCAUCCAAAUGCUCAGUCAACCGGUUAUCACACCUGCCCCAAUGGCGUGAAAAGUCCGAAGCCCUUGGCACCACUGGUUCCUCCGUAGGUCUUUUCACGUACCCACUUUUGCAGGCAGCGGAUAUACUCUUGUACUCCGCGGAUGUUGUUCCCGUGGGUUUAGACCAAGUCACACAUCUUGAACUAACUAGAGAUUUGGCUCGGAUUCUUCUCACUCAGUCGCCUUCUCUGUGCGAUUACUUGAAGGUUCCAGAUGUACGGGUUACUGAGCUACCGAAGGUCCACAAUCUGCGCCUGCCAACUAAGAAAAUGAGUAAGUCCUUUGGUCCCGAAGCCGGCACUGUCUGGCUUACCGAUCCUCCCGACGUGAUCAAGACGAAAGUUGAGCGCGCUCAGACUGAUUCCAUUCGUGAGUUGACCUACGAUCCCGAAUAUCGACCCGGGGUCGCCAACUUGAUCCACAUUUUCGCUGCCGCCAAGGACCUACCCGUGGAGGUUGCUGUCGACAAGCUCACGAAAUUGACGAAAGUGGAUCUUAAGGCCGCAGUCAUUGAUGCCCUGGUGGAGGAACUGGUUCCGAUUCAGUCGCGUCUUCGACAGCUGGAGAUUUCUGGUAGUGUUGAGGAAGCUCUUCGUGCUGGGUCGCGUGCAGCGAACCAAGUUGCCUCUCAGAAUUUGCGAAAAAUUAUGGAAGCAUUCGGCUUCCCUUCAUAUUACAAUUAA